GACGUUCACUCUUUGCAUGUGCGCACUCGACGUGCGAUCCUUACUCUUCCUGGCGCCGUAUCCCCGCUCUCCCGCUCCUUGUCGUCAUAUACACUAAUCUCACCCUAUCUGCAUCUAUUUCUCUUUGUAAUGGCGUCUCCUGCGCCUUCGCCCGUGCCUUGGCGGCGUCGCGAGGUUUUGUCGCGCUCUAACUCGCGGCCUCCGAACUACCCUCUGCGCCGCUCCGUGGACGCUAGCUCCAGCUACAACACAUUUCGAGGCAGCACCAGCAACCUAUCGAGUAUGGCGUCUUCCUAUCCAGUGCUAGGUCUGUCCACGCUGGCGGCGCGUAAGCGGCUACUUCAAGCCAUCGAACGCAAGAUCCGCGAGAAAGAGAGCUCGUCAAACGUCACGACCGAGUUCCGGGAUCCAUUCUCACUACUUCUAGCGCUCUGCGCCACCUUCCGAUUCACAGAUUCGGCCAGGCGCUUUGCAGAGAUGGAGAAGGACCGAGGUUCGGCCGCAGUGGGGGAAGGACUGUUCCUAGUCGCCGCCGCAGCUGGCAACGUGCUGCUUAACAUGACGCAGAAGCGUCGACAUCAUGCAGAGAUGGCCGAAAGAGUUCGAGUAGCCGUGCAACAGAUGCAGAUAGAUAGUGACAAGAAGAAAGAGGAGGAGGAGGACCAGGGCCCACCCAUUUGGCUGGGCAGUGGAUUCGAGCCGACAGUGCUGCUGCCUUCGAACAGCUACGUCGCGUGCUACCGAGACAGUCAGUGGCAGCGACUGCCUAUGAAUUUGUUGGUGGAAGGAGAUGUGGUAGGCUUAAUGAGUGGAGAUAUUGCACCGGGAGAAGUGCGACCUGUGGAAGUGGAUGGAAAUGAAGAGCAACAAGUGUAUCCGAGGGGAUGCAAACUGCCGUCCUGGACGAGAAGACACGCGAAGGAUACUACGAGAUGCACGGCCACGUUUGAUCCGCCGUUGCUAUUGGAUUUGUGUGGUGAGAUGCGGAUUUUUGAGAUGCUGGAGACGCCCGUAGUGAGGGAUAUUGAGGACGCGUUGUUUCGAAUUAACAGGCCUGUGACUCCGACGCAGAAGCUACAGGCACAGGCAAGACAGCUGGCGAUUUAUAUCUGCACGUUGUAUUCGGUUUUGGUGCUAGUGGCCAUUGGGCUGCGUGUGGUGGUGCAGCAUCGGUCGUUGGACACCACGCUUACCCACAUUUUGCUCGGACCUAUUGGGAUUUGGUUGUGUUUUGCGUCGUUGAACACGCCGCUAGUCUUAUUUGUCGCCGAGGCCGCUGCAACAGCAUCCAUCCUAGGAUCAUUUGAUGAUAUCUUGGCACCGAAAGAUGCCAAAAAGCAGGAACAGGCUGCGGAAACAGCCACUGAUGGAUGUGAUGAGGAAGAAACACCAGAGAAAUCUGCAUCGAAAACGAAUGAAGGCACACCAAAGGUGCCCAAGAAAGACCCACGACGUCAAGAUGAGCUUGUGUCCAGUAUUGAUAGCGCGAUGGCAUCAAUCUUGAAAGCUACAGCGUUUGCGCCGCCAGAUAUCUACGACGUUGAAGACCGUGAAAAAAUGCGCUCGGAGAAGGCUCAAAAGCAGUCGGCGACCAUGCGAUCGCUGCAGUAUUUUCUAGUGGUGCUUCGGUUUCGAGUCAUGCACUGUGGCCUUGCGCAUGUAUCUGACCAGCGGCAUCUUCCUGUGCCAUUUCGGUCAUUCCGCCUCUUGGAACGCUUGGGUAGCGUCACGAUGCUGUGUUGCUUUGACGACGACAUUUUAUGCGAGCAAGCACCGUCUGUGGAAGAAAUAUUUCUUCUAAACGACAAACAAAGCAACAAUUCCACAGUUUUGGACUUGCAUGCUGAGCGAAAUUGUGACACUGGGCUACAAUUCGAGGACCCCAAGUGGAAACAACACUUACCAUCGCUAAAGCCGAUUGGGUUGGCUAUUAUGGUGAACGAUGACGAGAAUCCGGCGCGACACUACGAGGAGAACAUGCGCUAUCUUGUGAAUGAAGGACUCUGUCCUGUUGAUGAUGGUGAUACAAGAGAUCCGUACUUGCGUAGCUGUAUGCAGCGACUAUCAGCUCACAUUCGGAUGCUUCCCUUCCCGAAGCAUUUACUGAAUCUCUCACGUGAAAUGGGCUUCUCAGUCGCUGAUGAUUUGGCGUCGUUCCAGAGGAGACAGUCCAUUCACAUUAUUUGUCCUCAACUGGCGCAUCAUGAACACACAAAUGAUCAUCACGACCAGGGUCAGGAAGAUACACGAUACCGGGGGAAUCUCAAGUCGCAUCUCUAUUCUACCGUGGUGCUUGACAAGCGCUCGCAUCGCCACCAAUUACUGUCACGUGGCCACCCAACGGUCGUGUUGGCUCAUUGCAGCGAAUACUGGGAUGGCAAGUCAAUAUGCCCGCUCACUAGUGAAAAACAACGCGCGAUCCUCGACAUGUAUAACCAGUGGCGCGUUGAGGACUUGGACUGUAUCGCGUUUUCUUACGUUCCCGUGCCUCACAAGCUCAAUAGCCUGUUCAGCCGUCAUGGUUCUAGCAGCAACGGAGGAAGUUUUAUUGAGUCACCGAACACUGGACCAAGUCGCAGAUUGGGUGGCACUCUACCGCCAGUGUAUCUCGUUGAUGAUAGCGCGGCCAGUGAGUUGAACUCCCCACAGUCUAUGGCUCCGCGGAACAGCAUGCCGUUCUCCAGCAGCUUGAGUGAAGAUCAAGGAUAUGGCCGGGAUAACAGACGUAUGAGUUAUUCGGGUCCAGCAUCACCUUUAGCCUCCCCAGACUCAGUAGAUGACAUGUCGCUAGAUCAAGAAUCAAUCUCAGGCGUACGAGCAGCCAAGUCUGCAGGGGCUCCUCCAAGCGGACAGAUCACCCCUCCUUCUAAGCGACGUGGACAUCUUACAAUGAGUGACCUUGAGUCGUCGGUGGGGCUUCAUCCAUCAGAAACAAGCUCUGUUGAGAAGGAUUCAAUGCUCUGGCGCAUCCAAGACGACCAGAUCUUCUUGGGCAUGGUCGCGACUGGCGUCCAACCGAAGCAGCAUACCCCUGACUUUAUCGAAGACUUGAAUGCGUGUGGCAUUCGAUUCGUGUACUUCUCUCCGCGCAAUAUGCGUAGAAGUAAACUACUCGCCGAGAAAAUGGGCAUCGAAACGGACUGGAAUUGUGCUAUAUCACUUCGCCCAUUGGAAAGUGAUGGCCCGGAUCCUCAUCGCAUGACAUCAAACUACUCGGAUUGGGACGUGAAAGCUCGACUACCGCACGGAGUUGAGGCGAUCAAGCGACAUCUGGGUGAGGUGGAUAACGUCCCAUUGCUGGUGUCACUUUACACGGAUAGCACGCCUGAUACGAUCAGUGAGAUGAUUUCGAUCUUUCAGGAAAACCACGAGGUGGUUAUGGGUGUUGGUUCGUCACUGAAGGAAAGCAACGCGCCACUGUUCUCGAAGGCGGAUCUGGCGGUAGCCUUACAGGGUGGUGUGCACGCGUUCUUCGACAAGCCGCUUCCAGAAGGAAAGGAACUUCCAGUGUUCUCUGAUGAGGAUGUUCAGUUCAGUCACAUUUUAAACACACUGGCAUGUGCCUUUCGUCUCAAGAGUGCUCCAGAUGACGCUGGCAUCCAAGAAAAGCAACGCUCCGAGUCCAAGGAUAAUGCAACUAUGGAUGGAACUGCUAGCGUGGCCCAUCUAAUUGAGCUCAUCCGGCUGGGACGACGUAUGCUCACGAAUUUCCAUCAGAUGAACACGUUCAUGUUCGUCUCGCAGCUUUUUAUCGCCAGCGUCAUCCUCGCGUCCUACGCAAUACCGUUCCCACACGUACCGCAGCUAUCGUGCGCCUCCAUUUUCUGGUUGCUAUGGGUUUUGGUGCCAGCUCUCGGUUUGUCCAUGCUUGCGUCUGCAAGCGAGAAGGGCAUCAUGAAGAAGACUCCACGCAAGAACGAAGAGUUCGACACCGAAGAGGAUCUGCCGCGGCUGGUCGCCUACUUUGUGGGACGUCAUGUGCCUUCGGUAUUGCUGUCCAUUGCCGUGUUCGAGUGCUUACUUGGGUUUUCUCUACAAGCAUCCAACGUUACUGAUCCAAACAUCUUUGGAGAAAAGUUUCGUGGUUACGGAUGGGCGGAUUUCGUUCUAGACAGUGAAUUGGUGACUAUGGUGCCAAGACCCGCCGUUGUUUCGGCCGCAGUGGAUCGUGCUGAAGCUGGUAUGUUGCUGAUGAUAGGCAUCUGUAUCGUAACCUCGUCUUGUGGAUAUCUGUACCGAUGCGAGAGUAUGUUCAAGCUAUCUCCAUUCCGAAACAUCAUGUGGGUGACGACAGUAUGUUUGCUGCUGUUCUUCCAGUUUUUCCUGAGUAUGCUCCUUGCGGGAGUCGCUGGUGCAGAUGGAGUUACUCUUUGGCAUUUUGUGAGCCAGUCAGUACCUUGGAUUUUCUGGGUCGUAACUUUGGGUGUGUGGCCCUUGGCGAUCUUAGUCAUUGACGAAGCAAUCAAGAUGCAUGACAAACGACACCUUGUGCGCUAUGACAAGUUCCUUCGGAUGCAAUUUGACACUCGCCUUGGUAUGUGGAGCCCCAAGUAAUUUGAUCCGUGAGGGGUGGGCAACGAGAUACAUUCGAUUAAGCAUUUGAAAUGGGCUAACUCUCAUUCACCGCGUCCAAGUCACUUCUCGAUGUCCGGAUUGCAAGCGCUACCUUUUGAAUCUCUGGUAUCUCUGGAUUGCGAUGCAUGUAUGAUCCGGAAAUCACACGAGUACCCGCGUUCGUGUGUUGUAGCACAUGCAUUCGUGGCUUGUGGAAGUUCAAAUGGCCUGUGCCACACGGUUAAGCGUCAUUUUUAUGGGGAUACUUGAACUCGAGAUUUUGAAAAUCGUUCAUCCAAAACGGAAGACUUUGCGCAUUGUACAUGCGAAGAAAAUACGGGGACAAGACAAAUAAUUGCACGAAACGAGAAGCUAACCUACAUGAAUUCAAGGAAUCGACUUUUGGGGAAGUGUCUGGUAGGGGUUGACAAUCCGGAUAACACUAAGCGCGCUGGAAAUUGCAAACUCCUCGUAACUCUGUGGCGCGCUGUUGACAUCGAUGAGAAUUUGGAUAUGGCGAGGGCUUGGCGCGAGAGUCUGCUACGGCAUGAAACGUCAAUGUCGAUCAUGUGACGCCGAAGAUGACGAUACACAGGGCAAAACCUUUGGUACAAGCUUCUGGACACCCACAACCCUGAUGAGUUCGUUGUUUGGCGGAGACGCUAUUCUUUGGACAUGAUAUUGGGACGUUGCAGGCACAAUCUCAGCGAUAGCAAAACGACAGAUUUAUACCAAAGCGCACGUUCGAAGUGAGGUCGGAAUCGUACAACAUUGGCGAAUGUUCUCGUUUGAUGCUCAAAACUGCUCUGUCAUAGUUCUUCCUGGUACGUCGUAAAGACUACGUGGUCGAAGUGGAACAAGAAGUAACAGAACAGCAAAAUUUGUAAGUACUUGUCUGGGGUACAAAAAAAAACUCGACGUCCUCGUGGAAAGCUUCGGUGUAAGCAGCAUAUCAUGCAGUGUCGUCACUUUUACAAUGAACUCACUUCGUUUGCUGGAACUAAACGGAAAUUUUGGAUACGUUGCGCUAGCCACUUCACGGCUGAAGUCGUUUACACAACUGCUCUUUGUCCUCGAAGAUCUUUUCUGAAAGAAUACAGUCGAAAAUCUUUGGUUUGAUCAUGCAAAUGGUCAUUCUUCUGGGUUAUCCUGAAGUGCGGGAUUUGAGCUGGGACGCAGGUUUGACCGCAAUAAACUCGCCUUCAUGCGCGGUUGGCAGAAUAACAAAGGUUCUCGUAGCUCAGUGUCCGUUGCAUGUUCAUUUUCCUGGAAGUUUGUGACUGGUUUGCUACAGUUGUUCACCCACACAAUGUAAGUCACUAGUAGGAAGGAUCAAUUAUCUUGAUAAGUACAGUACUGGUACGUCCUGUCGUCCUAAUUGGUAAUACGCUCCAUCUCCAGGCUCGCCAAAAUGAAGGCUCCCUCACCGAGGGCGUGGUUGUGCACGAUCGGCCUGCCAACAUAGUACUCGUAUGUCGCCGUCGAGUUGAGGCUGCACACCGCCACAGUUCCGUUCCAGCCCAGGGUGCCGUUGUGGUAGUCGAGGAGGAAAGCACCACUCUUGACAGUGUAGUCAUAGGCUUUGGUCGCGGUGUUUAGAAGCUUGCCGGCUUUGUCUUUGAGCAUACCGAGACGCAGACCCUUGAGAAUAGAAAACGUGUACAGC